AUGUCGCGGGCCAAGGGAACGUAUGAAUGCCUAGUCAAUCUUCUAUUAGAUAAAGGUGCAGAUAUCGAGGAGAAGUCUAAGUUCGGUCCUACUCCGUUGUUUUACGCCUUGAGAGUUGGGAAUGAGACUGCGGUAUCGCUGCUGCUAGCAAGAGGCGCGAAAACGAAGGUGAAAGGAAUGGACUGUCGCGAAAUUCUUCUUAUCCGAGCCGCGCCAAAACGAUUCUUCUCCUAUCCCGCCUACUCCUAUAUUCUAGCCAAAUAUUGUUCUGACCCUGGUUCUACAAAGGGAUCACGUCGUCUAUAA